GAGGGACUAAGUGCUUAUGAGGUGCCUCAAUACGAGCAGCAGCAGUAGUACCAACUACUAACUACUAACUACUGAUCUAUCUGCCUACUAAUAUAAGAAGAUGCCAGACCAAACCCAGGUUACUACUUACUACUUACUACUACUUACUUACUCCGUACAAAGCAGCGGUUCACCAUGCUGGCCCUCCACAUCACUCUGGCCGCCCUGCUGGGCACGGCGCUCGUCUUCGGCAUCAUCGAGCUCGGCCUCGUCGCGUACGGGGUGAGUCUGUACACAAAGUCCUACACUGUCGAAGAGUGCACGCUCUACUCGUGCUACGACGAGCAUGUGCACGGCUCUGCGCCCGCCAUCACCAUCUUCAUGCUCUUCUCCGCCAUCUGGACCGUGCUGGGCACCGUCGUCGCCGCCGUCCUCCCCUGGUGGUACGCGGAGAAGAAGCGCGUCCUCGUCACCAAGCAGAUGAACCAGGGGUGUUUUGCCGGCUUAAUCAUCUUCUACUUCGUUACCAUGGUCUUCUGGCUCGCUUCGUUUGCGGAUAUCGCCUCCAUCCUGGACGGUGAGACCAGCGUCUUUGAUAUCAUCAAUGCCAUCAUCGCGUUCGCCGUUUUACUCUGGCUCGUCUUCAUGGCCCUCUUCAUCCUCACCAUCCUCGCCGUCUGUGACGUCCUCAAGAGCGAGUGGCCGGGAUAUCUUUCUCUCAAGGAGACCUCCGCGACAACAACUACCCCUGCUACCGAAUCACAACCUGUUCCUCCUGCUGAUGCUGAACCCAAGAGUGAGGCUGUCGCGUCGGAAUAGCCUUCACGAUGGACUGGAAUAAUGGCUGGAAGGAGUAAUGAUUGGAGAGAAUAAUACAAUAUGAGGAUGAAUGAUGGUUAAUCCUAUGCUUGUCUAUUCAUAGUUAAUUUAAUACGUAUCAUAUGUUCGGUUACAGUCUUAGCUUAGGCUAUACUUAUAAAGUAAUAUGUCUAUUAAUGGUACAGCUAGAGAUGUGCAUGGGUAUCUAUCAACGUGGUCCGAGAUCUGCCGGUAUACAUGCUGUGCAGCCGGCACAGAAAAGCUUCAAGGGCAGGGGCUGGAGAGAGAGAACAAGUCCGAGAAAAUAGAAGAGAAGAGAUCGAUGCCGCGGAAAGUC